ACCCUAAACCCCUCCUAUGUCAGUGAAUGCGGACGUCAGAACCACAAUCAACAGAACCGAUAAUUGUUCCUCUCCAACAGGAUUUAUAUUUCUCAGAGACGUAUCAAAAUCAGCCCUUCUCCCUGAGUGCUGCCUGCUCCGAAGAACCUCUCGUCUCACUCACACGGCUCUCCAUCACGUGAUCGGGUCUUUCUCACAGGCUGCAAGUGAAGACGGACACAUCGGGGACGCAACUGUGCCCAUCCUCAUCCAAUUCCGAGGGCAGAGCAGUGCCACCCACCAGUGCCAUGGCUGGCAUCACUAUCCGAAGAUUUGAGGAAGAUGACAAGGAGACCGUGAAGGAGAUCUUCACCAUGGGGAUGAGCGAGCACGUCCCUUCCUCCUUCAUGCACCUCCUCAAACAGCCCCUGACCCAGAUGAUCCUGAUGGUCACGUUCUGCUCCCUGCUGGCCAGCUCCAAGUCCGUCCUGCUGCCUGUAGUAGGGGUCACUCUCCUCCUGGCCGGGGCCAAGCAGCUGGUGGGCUACCUCUUCAACAGCUACAUCGACACCUCCCUGAGGAAGGACCUCGAUCACAUCCAGGAGACCUACCUGGAGAACAAGGACUCGUGUUUCUGGGUGGCUGAGAGCGACGGCCGGGUGGUGGCAACGGUGGCCUGCCUGCCCGCGGAGAGGGAACCAGGCUGCAUGGAGCUGAAGAGGUUGUCUGUACGUCGUACACACCGGAGGAUGGGCAUCGCCAAGGCCCUCAGCAGGACAGUGGCAGACUUCAGUAGAGAGAGGGGCUUCCCUGCGGUCGUCCUCUACACGUCUGUAGUGCAGACUGAUGCACAGAGGCUGUAUGAGAACGUGGGCUACACACGGGUCAGAGAGUUCGUCAUCCCUGAGCCCAUCGCCAAAAUCACCAACUUUACUCUGAUAGAGUUUAAACUGGACUUACUGCAGGGGAGGAAAUAGGAGGACUGGACUUACUGCAGGGGAGGAAAUAGGAGGACUCGGCUUACUGCAGGGGGGAAAUAGGAGGACUUGACUUACUGCAGGGGGGAAAUAGGAGGACUGGACUUACUGCAGGGGGGGAAAUAGGAGGACUGGACUGCAGAGGGGGAAAUAGGAGGACUGGACUUACUGCAGGAAGGGAAAUAGGAGGACUGGACUUACUGCAGGGGGGGAAAUAGGAGGACUGGACUGGAGCGUGGGAAAUAGGGGGACUGAACUUACUGCAGGGGGGGAAAUAGGAGGACUGGACUUACUGCAGGGAGGGAAAUAGGAGGACUGGACUUACUGCAGAGGGGGAAAUAGGAGGACUGGACUGGAGGGGGGAAAUAGGAAGAGGACAGAACUUACUGCAGGGGGGAAAGGAAUGUUAUAAUAUCUGUACAUUAUAGGAACACCUGUAUUUACAAAAGUACAAUGAUUAAUGUUUUACUUUAGCUUGAGAUUAAGAAUCAAUGGUAGAGACAUUUAUAAGUGCAUGAAGAGGUACAAAAGAUGCCCGUUUUGUUGAAACUCUACUUUCAGUUCCUAUUGAUACUAUGUCCAGUCUUACUUCUGCUAGCACAUGAUAGCAAUAAGGGGAAGAAGGAUUGGGAGACUAACUGCCAAUAACACAAAAAGCUCAACAGAGACAGAGACAUCUUUGUAAUCAAGUUAAAGGACAUCAUCCUGGGCGGGGUGAAUCUCAGUAGGGGAUGAAAAGGGAAGACGCCAUCUUGAAAACUGAGUGUGUUACUCCGGAGUUGCAAUCCUUAUUAAACAAACUAACCUCUGAUCAAA